CAGGGACUAAAUGACUAAAUAUUUAGUUAUUGGCCCAAGUGAAUGUGGCUACUACCGGCUAGGCUUGGUUAAAGCCGAAUCCACCAAAUCCCAAUGCCCGAUUUACUCUUAGGCCUACACAGGCUUUCAUCUUCCUUCUCAAAACACGAACUACCGUGAGGAUUGAAAAUCAAUAAGUGAAAGUCGUUUCGUUUAGUACGAGAUCGCUUCACACCUCGCGGUGCUUACAUCUCUCGCCUGGGCUUCUGAAUUAGCUGAGGAAACCGCCCAGCAAUUCCUCUACAUCAAGAGCGGGCUCUGCCGUAAGGAAUUUGAUGUCAACGCCAUUCGUAACGGUGUUUUCAGAGCAAUCAAAGCAAUCACGACGAACGAAAGAGGGCCGGAUUCGCAAAUGUGUGUUCUCGAGUUAUGGAUUUAACAUAGUAUAAAUAGAUUCGGCAAGAGAUUGCGCGGGAUACGAGAGAGCACGCAAAAAAAAAAAAAAGAGUGAAACGGGGGCUACGCCCACCUAAAAUAGCUAAGCCACGUUACCAAAAUGCUUCCUACGGCGGCGAUUCCUCCGAUAACGACUUAAAACAUCGGGAGAAAAUAAAAUUACCAUACAAAAUUCGAAGGAAAAUCUCAAAAAAAAAUCUCUAAGAAAAGAAAAUGGGAAGAAAAGUUGGAGUUGUUAAGUCUGGAAUUAGAAAUUCAAUACCCUCUUCAAACCCCUCGACUGUCUCCCUUCCCCUCCGUUGUCAGCAUGAAGCUGAUGGGGAUCGCCAUGUAGAUGGUAAGAAUCAUGGAGCAUAUGACGAUAAUGGUUCUGGUCAAGAUAAGGAUAAUAAUAGCAGUGGUGAUGCUAAUGCUGAUGCUGAUGGAAUGGGUAAUGGCAAUGUAAAUGGUCAUGCCCGUGUUGAUGUUGAUGACAAGGUGAAUGAUCGUGAUGAAGAGAAGGGGGAUGAUGAUGUAGCUAGAUGUGUUAGAGGAAAGCAUGCAGACUGCAUUGUUGUUGAUUGGUUAAAUGGAGAGUAUUGUUUUGAAUGCAACAGCGGAAGUGGUCAGGUUUUGGUCUGCAGUGAAAAGGGUUGCCCAGUUGCUUUACACGAGGCAUGCAUGACUUGGAGACCCAUAUUUGAUGAUAUGGGUAAAUUCUAUUGCCCUUAUUGUUUGUACAAGAAAGAAGUGGCCAGGUUCAAAGACUUGACGACAGAAGCUAUGUUGGCAAGGAAUGAAUUGUCCAACUUUAUAUGUUUGAGAAGGGAUAGUAGGAACAAAGAGCGGGAAGGGGAAACAUUAAGCAUGAAGGGAGCAAGUGUUUCAACAAUGGCAACGGAAGUGAGUUGUGGUGAUUGUAGAAAUGGACUGAAUGAUGAUGGUAAAGAGACUAGACAUCAUAGUCAGGAUGAAACACGAGGUGUUGAUGUCAUAAGGAAAGAACAAUCCAAUGAGCAAAACAUCUCAAGAGCUCAUGGGUUUGAAAAUGUUCGGAACGGAGAAAUGAUGGAGGAAGUUGAAGAAGAUUCUUCUGAUAGUGGAGGCGAUGACAUUGGUGAGGGCCAACAGCAAAAGCGACCAUCCAGUUCAAGCGGUGUAAGAACUGUAGAAGAAACACAGGGUGUUGCAUCCAUAAGGAAAGAAAAAUCUGAUGAACAAAACCUCCCUAUGGCUAAUGGGUUUGAAAAUGUUGGGAACAGAGAAAGGAUGGAGGAAGAUAUAGAAAUUUCUUCUGAUAAUGGAAAUGCUGAAAUUGGUGACGACCGACAGCAAUUACGACCAUCUAGUUCAAAAGUGCCUGUAAUUGAAAGCUUUGAAUUUGUAUCACCCAAUUUAGAUACCGAGACACUCGUCACACAUCAAAAGCGUGACAAACAAAGAGCAAACAAGGCACAACCUCUGAAGGUUGUUUCAUCAGAAAAGUCAUCACUUCAACCAAGUACCAGUGCAAAGAAUAUGAAUGUGAACCAAGAGAGAAAAACUGUAGCUGUAAAAAUAUCUGAGGAAGGCGCAAAGUCAACCAAGCGACCCUUGCUCCCAGUACUGGGUACUGAGAAACGUAGGAGACUACACUGGACAGCUGAAGAGGAAGAUAUGUUGAAGGAGUUGGUCCAUAAGUUCUCAUCGCAAGUAAACAAAAACAUCCCCUGGAGGAAAAUUUUGGAGCAUGGUCGUCCUGUUUUCCACUCAACCCGUAUUCCAGUCGACCUUAAGGACAAAUGGAAGAAUAUCGUGGCCAAAGAGAUCUCGAAAGGGUAAUAGGGGUACUAAUUACAUCAGAACAAGCAAGGUAAAUCUCUGGAUUCCCCAACAGGAAAUUGAAAGUAUAAACAGUAUUUUGGAAUAGGUUAGCAGUUGGGAUCUGUUCAAUGUUAUCAGCUAUCGUAAUACAGAACCAUCUAAAAUUAUCAUGCCCUUUGCCUUGUAAGAGUUUUGUUCAUAUUAAAGGUCAGUUUUAUGAAGUGUUUCAUGUUAGCAUCUUGUAUAUGGAUUUGGUAACUUUACAGCAGUAAAAUCAAAGCCCGCGAUAGUUCAACUA